AUGUCGCAUUCAGCUGCUGUCAUUCCUGCUGCCAAGGCCCCAUUGGUGGUGCAAGAUGUCAAAACUUCACAACCAGGACCCGGCGAGCUUCUAGUCAAGAACGAACUGAUUGGCCUUGUUCCAGUCGACGCGAAGAUCGCUAAAUUGGGUGUGUUUCCCAUAGCAUAUCCAGCUAUCCUGGGAACAUCUUUUGGCGGCACUAUCACGGCUGUCGGUCCCCAAGUUACCGACUUCAAGGUCGGCGACAAGGUCGCAUCAACGAAAACUGCUGGCGCUGAGGGAGACAAGUACGGCUCCUUCCAGACACAAGUUACUGCAAGAGCGGUUACAACAAGCAAACUUCCGGACUCAGUCGACCUGGACGGACCUGUUGGGUUGAUUGGCAACCUCAGCACCGUCGUUGGCCUUUUUAACGCCCACGCUGGUCUGCAGAAGCCGGAUCCCAGCAUUCAACCUCUUUCAAAUAAGAAGAAAAUCCUGGUCUACGGCGGUACUUCAAGUUUCGGUAGUCUUUCAGUUCAGUACCUGACCCAAGCUGGAUACCAUGUUGUGACUACAACCUCCCCGAAGCACGCCUCGUUCGUCGCCAAGCUAGGAGCCGUGAAAGUCGUGGACCAUACUCAAGAUCCCGAUGCUCUUGUUGAAGGCUUGACCGCGGAAGGACCUUACGAUCUUGUUGUUGACUCUAUUUCACUUCCCAACACCAUCAAGAUCAACGGCGCUGUACUUGGUGCUCAGGGAGGUGGCAGUAUUUAUGCGUUGCUACCGGCUUUCGGAGAAGAAGACCUCCCGAAAGGGGUCACGCGCAACUUCGCUUCAUGGUCGGCAUCUCUGGGCGAGGAGAAGAACGCAGCGCUUCUACGUUGGACUUUCGGGACGUACUUCUCGCAGGCGAUCGCGGGCGACAAGCUCGUACCCCUUCCUGUUCGUAAAGUCAAGGGUGGGCUUGCAGGUCUCAAUGAGGCACUUGAUAUUCUCAUCCAGGGAGUAAGUGGUAUUAAGGUCGUGGUCGAUCCGCAGGAAUAA